UGGAGUUGUACGCUGAAGUAAUGUCUUGUGUUGAAUGUUAACUGCACGCGUUUCCCUUAUGUCGACCAGAACUCUGGAUUAUUUUUCUGUCUGCACCUGCAGUCCCCAGACAAACAGUUCCUGAUGAGUCUAGCAUGGGGAUAGUCACGAGGCUUUUCGCAGUGACUUGGAUUUUAUCAGUUUGUUAUGGGUCACCAUUCUUACUCUUUGCCAAUCGAAAAGAUGUACGCAUCAUUGAUGCUACAGAUCCCCGACCAAACUCCUCAGUUAUUAUUAGCAACUUGAAGGAUGCAGCAGCUGUUGAUUUUAUCCAUAGUGAAGGCUGGAUCUUCUGGACUGAUGUUAGUCUUGAGGUCAUUGAACGCACUUCUAUUAACAGUUCUCAUACCAGUGUCAGUGUCAUCUCCACUGGAAUUGUGUCACCUGAUGGACUAGCUUGUGAUUGGCUGGGGAAAAAGCUGUACUGGACUGACUCUGAGACCAAUCGCAUUGAAGUUAGUAAUCUGGAUGGCACAUUCAGAAAAGUUUUGUUCUGGCGACGCUUGGACCAGCCAAGGGCCAUUGCACUUGAUCCACAGAAUGGAUAUGUAUAUUGGACGGACUGGGGUGAAAUGCCAAAAAUUGAAAGAGCUGGUAUGGAUGGCAAUCAGGACUCUCGAGAGAUAAUUGUGGCUGACAACAUCUUCUGGCCUAAUGGUCUAACACUCGAUUAUGAAGAUUCCAAAAUUUAUUGGGUGGAUGCAAAGCUGCACUAUAUUCACAGCUGUGAUUUUGAUGGAUCUAAUCGCCGUGCUGUUGUUGAAGGAAAUCUCCCACAUCCAUUUGCAUUGACUUUAUUCGAAGAGACAAUUUAUUGGACAGACUGGCAGACAAGGUCUAUUCAUGCAUGCAAUAAACGGACUUCAGCAGAGAUGAUGGUUCUGCAUGAAGAUAUUUUCUCACCGAUGGAUAUUCACUCCUUUGAAGCCAAACGUCAGCCUUCAGAGUUCCGGAACACAGGAGGUGUUAAUCCAUGUGGAAACAACAAUGGUGGCUGCUCACAUCUGUGUCUGAUGUCGCCUCGCCCCCCUUUCUACAGCUGUGCUUGCCCCACAGGUGUUAGGCUCCUCCAGGAUGGCAAAACUUGUGCACAAGGUGCCGAAAAAAUUUUGUUCUUGGCUAGAAGACGAGAUUUGCGCAAGAUUUCUCUUGAUACACUAGACUACACAGCCGUUGUUCUUCCCCUUACUGAUGUUCGUCAUGCAAUAGCUGUUGACUAUGAUCCAGUAGAAGAUUAUGUCUAUUGGACAGACGAUGAAACAAGAGCAAUCCAACGAUCCAGGCUGGAUGGCUCUGGUCAAGAAAUGCUGGUCAGAACAGAAGUGGAUCAUCCUGAUGGCAUUGCUAUCGACUGGAUUGGGCGCAACCUUUACUGGACGGACACAGGCAUGGAUCGUAUUGAGGGUCAGCUGAAUGGCUCGGCAAGAAAAGUUCUCAUUGCAGACCAGCUUGAUGAACCUCGUGCCAUCUGUCUGGAUCCUCAGUCAGGUUACAUGUACUGGUCAGACUGGGGAAAACAGCCAAAAAUAGAGAGGGCCAACUUGGAUGGGACAGACCGCAUCACAUUGGUGGAUACAAAUUUGGGUUGGCCCAAUGGUUUGGCUGUUGAUCUGAGUGUUGGUCGACUCUACUGGGGAGACGCUAAAACCGACCAUAUUGAAACAUCAGAUCUGAUGGGUGGUGAUCGGCGUAUUUUGGUCUCUGAAAAUCUUCCUCAUAUUUUUGGCUUCACGCUGAUAGGUGACUUCAUCUACUGGACAGACUGGCAGCGUCGUUCGAUUGAACGUGUUAAUAAGACAACAGGACUACAAAGAGAGAAGAUAAUAGACCAGCUGCCAGAUCUUAUGGGAUUGAAAGCUGUGGAUGUACACAAACGGGAAGGCACCAACCCAUGUGCAAGCAACAACAAUGGCUGCAGUCACCUGUGUCUGUAUCGGCCACCACCUAAGGGGCCAGUGUGUGCAUGCCCAAUGGGCUUUGAGCUUGUCAGCAAUGGCAGCACAUGCAUUGUUCCGGAGGCUUUCCUUCUGUUCUCUUCUCAGUCCAACAUCAACCGCAUUUCUUUGCAAACUAGCCACUACAACCAACCCAUUCCUAUCCAGGGUGUCAAGCAGGCAGUUGCCAUUGACUUUCACUUCAAGGAAAACCGUAUCUAUGUCACUGAUGUCAGUUCCAAGCGCAUCAGUCGAGCAUUCAUGAAUGGUUCUUCCUUGGAGCAUAUCAUUGAGUUCGGGCUGAAUUAUGCUGAAGGUAUGGCAGUAGAUUGGGUGGCAAACAACAUCUAUUGGGCCGACACCAAUAAGAACCGCAUUGAAGUGGCUCGACUGGAUGGAUCAUCACGUAAAGUGCUUAUCUGGCGACAACUAGACAACCCUCGGGCCCUUGCACUGGAUCCACCCUCCGGGUACAUGUACUGGUCUAUGUGGGGGGAAGAACCACAGUUGGUGCGUGCAAAUCUGGAUGGAACUCAACGCCGAGUGUUAAUCACAGGGCAAGGGCGCAUCCAGGACUUGACUAUAGACUAUGUAGACAGACGUCUUUACUGGGCAGAUAUCGAUCAGCAUAACAUACAGUCAUCAGAUUUGCUUGGGGGAGACAAAAGGCUCAUAGUUCCAUCAAAUUUGCCUCACCCUAUGGGCAUCACGCAGUACGAAGACUAUAUCUACUGGACAGAUUUUGAUUCAAAGUCCAUUGAGCGUGCUAACAAAAUGACAGGAAAGGAUCGCAGUCUUAUUCAGGAAGGGGUUGAUUAUGCUUUGGACAUUUCUGUCAUUCAUGCCUCAAGGCAGUCAGGUCACAAUUCCUGUGGAAGCAAUAAUGGAGGAUGUUCCCACUUGUGUCUGGCUCACUCAGUGGAUCACAAAGACAACAGAACUCACCACUGUGCUUGUCCAACACAUUAUCAUCUCAAUUCUGAUGAUAAGACAUGCUCAGGUAAAUCUAAUAAAUACAGCUUUUGGAGUGCUGGAAAUCUGUUUGUGAAAGCCCUUGCAUAUGACCCAGGCCAGCAACAAAUCUACUGGAUUGAAGGUCGCCAGAAGAUGAUCAAGCGAGCUCCUGAUCAUGGCAGCACUGUUGAGGUGCUACUGAAUAGUGCAAAUGGUCAAAUGCAGCCAUAUGACAUUGCCAUUGAUCCAUUUUCACGUACACUCUACUGGACAUGCUCAAACCACAAUGUGAUUAAUGUCACCCGUUUGGACAUGACUCCAGUGGGUGUCGUGCUGCAAGGCCCAAGCAAUUUCAAGCCAAGAUCCUUGGUGCUUUUCCCAGAACGCGGCUACAUGUUCUACACAAACAUGGUAAAAUCACCCCGCAUCGAAUCGGCACGUAUGGAUGGUUCAGAGAAAACUGAAUUAUUUAUCAAGGGCCUGGUCCAACCUGUCUCGCUGACCAUCGAUAAGACAGAGGGAAAGCUGUACUGGGUUGAUGCAGGAAAGAAUCGCAUUGAGAUGUCUGAUCUGACCGGGGGAAAUCAUCGAGUUUUGGUGGAUGGUCAUUUGGUUGCACCGCGGGGAUUAGCUGUUCAUGGCCAGUUUUUGUAUUGGUUGGAUCGGGAUCAACAGCUGCUGGAACGCUGCCAGAAGAAAACAGGUGCCAAACGUCUAUGGGUGCGAGGUCGUAUGCAGGGUCUCAGUGAUCUUAUUGCUGUCCAACAUUCACUUGAUGUUACCAGCCACCCCUGUGCUGUGGGCAAUGGAGGCUGCUCCCACAUUUGUAUGGUGGAUUCCGACAUCAAGGCACGCUGUUCCUGUCCAUACAACCUCGUGCUGAAGAAGGAUGGCCUUACCUGUGCAGAUCCCCCAACUUGCCCACCUGAUCACUUCACGUGCAAGAGUGGGGGUAUCACCUGCAUACCUUUGGUCUGGCGGUGUGACAACUUGUCAGAAUGUGAAGAUAGCUCAGAUGAGCAAGAUUGCCCGAUCUGUGGCCCCACCCAGUUCCACUGCCAGAGUGGAGAGUGUGUUUCAAAGGACAACCAGUGUGACGGAACUGCUAACUGCAAGGAUGGCAGUGAUGAGAGAGGCUGCUGUGCUGGGGUGCCCUGUGCAUCGUGUGAAAGUCAGGGUCAAGGAGCAUGUGCACCAGGGGAGCUGCGAGACUGCAGUGAGGGUGAAGCUAAAUGUGUGCACCAGCCAACAGUAGACAAAGUACACCACAACGCCACACACUACGCCAUUGCUAUAGUUGUUGGUGUUAUCUUUCUUAUUGUCAUCAUUGUUGUUAUACUUUUCUGUCGUCGCAAGACUCGACAUGUGCCAUUUACUGAUGACGACAUUCAGAUGGCCAAGAAGCCGCUCAACCCACAGACUAGUGGGGAACCACCUCCCCCACAAUCUCACACACUGUCCUCCCGUGGAGGCAAGACUUCAGCUUCUGGAGGUUUAUCCUUGGGUGGCACAUCGUUGGCCAGUGGACUGCCACCAUUUUAUGAUCGCAGUCAUGUGACAGGAGCUUCCUCCAGCAGCUCCACUGGGACCCAGUAUCCUCAGGAGACUUUGAAUCCUCCCCCAAGCCCAGUUACAGAACGAUCAGUUUAUACUGGGGGAGGCCACUACUGCUCUUCACAGAGUGUGGGCACUGUACGAUCAGCACGCAGGCAGCACAAGCCACACAGGUCUCGUCACCACCACCACCAUCAUCAUAGUCACAUUCCCCCGCCCCCCACCACGCCUUGCUCCACAGAUGUUUGUGAUGACAGUGAGCCUUAUCCUGCUAAACGCUUUCGUUACUAUUUCAAUAAUUCUCUUGUGGAACUCAGUUAUGACUCUGACCCCUAUCCACCUCCUCCUACCCCUCGCCGAUACUUUUCGGACGAUGUGAGUUGUCCACCCUCACCUUCAACAGAGCGGAGCUAUUUCAAUCCUUAUCCUCCUCCCCCUUCCCCAGUGGGCAACUCUGACUGCUGACCAUGACCUGUAAGAGGUGGUAUAGUACCAUAGUUGCUAAGCACACAAGAAUGCAUAGAUACUCUUCUACUCUUCUUGGAAAUAACUGUUGCUGACUCUUGUUUUGCCCAAAAAUAUUUGGGCAGUGUUAAACUGUUGGCCUUAACAUUAAGACCAGAUGUUCAUAGAUACUGGAAGGUUUUAUCAAUAGGGCGUGCUUGUCUUCAUCAUUGGUCAUUGACAUGAGCAUGAGGACAAGAUUGAACUUUUGUAUAUUUGACAUGUUGUCAGUCUUCCUGUUGCCUUUUGGCUGGCCGGGUCACUGGUGUGUAGUGUUCUCGGAAUGUUUACAAACGGGCAGGAAUAUUUCAGUGAAGAACUUUGGUUGCAAACAGGAAACCACUCCUCUGCCUGCUGAAUCUCUUGUAGAUAUUGCUAAGAGAGUGCCUCAGGGACAAGUGGAAACAGACACAGUAUGUCUGACAGAGAGAGAGAGAGUGUGCAUGCAGGUUUGUUGUGUCAGUGAAUGCAGUUUUGGAGGUAGGGAAAGUGUGCAACCUGUAUUGUCUCUCCAUUCUCUUUUCCUCUCUUGAUUAUUUUGUGGUUUUUUUAAUUAUUUGUGCUGCAGAGUAUCAUUUUGUGGGAAGCAGAUUCGUAGAAGUGUAAGUUUGAAGAUGCUUGCACUUCAGCAGUAGUUACAGUCUAUAGGAUCAGGACUGGAAUAAGAGUGCUGAAGACUUACAAUUGGUUUAGCAUUUUUGCAAGAUAUUAAAGCUAAAUCAAGUGCAAAAUCAAGUGACUGGGUUUGGUCAUUCUAAGACACUCAUUCCUAAAAUGUUAGUAAAUUUCUCCUUUCAAACUUUUUUGACUUGAUAUGUGGUCGGUCAGAUCUACUCUAUAAAUGCUAGCCAAUGUUUAUUUGCGUGCAACUUAGUUUUAUUGUAGUUAUUACAAUAUUGUUUUUAUCAUAGAAUUCUUUUAUAUGCAGGGGAGGUUGGGAGGUCGGGAUUUUAUGAGGAGCCAGCAUCUAAGGCUAUAUCACGGCAAGGCAGCUAGCCCUGUAUACAGAUGCCACAUGUAGAGAAAGAAAAGAGUGUCCGAGAUAAGAGCUGAACCCAGGACAGCCAACCUUCACUGUAUUGGUGACAGGUACUAACCAUUGCGCCAUCAGGCUGCCUCUCCUAUAUGCAAGAGUUUAAGAGGGUUUCAUGUAUCAAAGAAUUUUACUUGGAAACAAGAAGCAACCAGUGAUUAUAGGUGCACUCUGCGGUGAAGAAGAUGAAACCUGAUGAAAGGUUAGGUUAAUGGUGGAAGUUAUGAAUGUGUUAUGUAGAACGGCACUAUAUUCUCAUUGAAUUUUUAGGACUUGAAAAUAAGCCUUAAGGUAAAUUAGAUCCCAGAAUUUUCUUCAGAACUGCCAUUGCUAUGGCACUUCUGUUGGAGAAAUUCCAACAUGACAUUCUGAGAGUAAACUUAUGUAAAGUUCAGAUAACCAGAGCGUUGUCUUCAUACUUGCCACUUUAAAACAUGCUUACAUUGUGGCAUCCUUCAUACUCAAGAUAGGAGUGUAGAAUUUCAUAUCUAUACCAUUCUUGCCUUUUUAAUUGUGUCCUUUAUUCUUUUCAGGAGAUUGUUAUACCCCACAAAAUUGAAGGCUUUUUGGUGCUUUGCUUUAGGGGUUUCAUUUUGUAUUUUUCUAGCUGGUUGUCUGUGAUGAUCAAAAUUCUAAUGAGUACUUCCUGGAGUCACUUGUGACAGCAGCAUUUCAGGGAGCGUGAUGGAGGAAGAGAGUGAAAGAUGAUGAUAAGCAGAAUGUAAGAAAUAUAGGUCUAUUCAGGGAGUUACUUUAGGAAUCAGCGAGUUGUACAAAAGAAGAAUGGUUGUUUUUAACAUGUUUUCUUAUUGUUUUUUAAUUCAGCAUCCAAAGUUGUCUGGAGGCGAUCUUCCUUGGUAAUAAGUCAGAUACCUUUUUUUGGUUUUUCUGUUGGCAGCCAUAAGGGUAUUUUGUCAAUUAUUCAGUGCAAGUACAGCGCACAUUUGUCGGUAGUUAAAAUGGAUGUAUGGGUUCAGACUGUUAUCCACUCAGUUGUCUUUACUGUGAAAUACAAAUGUAAAGAGAUAGGUGGAAAAGAUCACUGUUAUAAACUGUUGCAACAGUAAAUUUGCUUUGGGAUGGAGGGGCAGGAGAACAGUUAAUAUUGGUUUCCUGAUGGCAGAUGCCUAAAGGUUUGAAGAAUGAAAAUUGUGCCUUCAAACAGUAUGAAGAGAGAAAUUAGUACUGACAGCAAAUCUCAACAGUAUUUCAUGUCAGGCUUUCAGAAAAAUCAGCUAGAUCCCAACAUUGUGCUGUGAAUAUAAAAAGUAAGUGAAGGCAUGAAAGUGUCACUGUGAGAAGCAAAACAACUGUUUACAACAUAAGCUCAAACAUCUUUGCAAGGCUGAGAAAAAAAUAGCGUGAAAAAUACUUAUUGUAUCAUCAGACAUUGAUUCCAAACUAACAAUUUGCAGAGAGAGCUUUGUAUCUGUGAAAAUUAAUAAGCACUGUUGCAAAGUAUAUGUUAACAAAUAACCACAAAGCUGUUGAGCAAUAAAUAUUGAGAAAUCUGCAGAAACAGAUGUGCAGAGCGAUGCUUUGCCUACAUUAAAUGUUACUGUGGUUUCCAAAUCAUAAAAAUAUAUAAAGUAGUAAUUAAGAAAUGAUACUUUUAUUACAAUUUUUUACAACAGCUCUUUCUUUGUCUCUCUCACACACACACACACACUAAAGACAGGGGAGGAAACAUUUUCCUAUCAUUAACAGGAGUAUGUCCAUCAUUUAAGCACAUCAAUA